AAACCAGUUCUGCUCUGAGCGUCCGGUGAGUCACACGAAUUGUGUAGUUAACAUUUAUGGAAACACAGUUUUCAAAAGUGCAUCAAUUCUCGAAAUUUUAGUAAAAUUCAAGUUUGUAAAAUGGAAACGUCAGCAACAAACAGUUCCAGACUAUCUGAAGGAAUGACUCUCACGAGAAAAGACAUUUUUUAUGUUAUCAAGGAUAAUAUAAACAAGGACAAUAAUUUUCUUUUACAAUUAUUGGAAGAACACUUGUCACAAGAAAAUAAAUUUACUUUGUGUACUAAAGUAAAGACUGAAUUAAGAAAGUUAUUUAGUAAAUUUCGUCAAAAGUUUGAGGAAAAUCAGAGAGUUGCAGAAAGGUUUUUAAAAAACAAUGAUUCGUGGCUUGCAGUACAAGUUAAUUUAUGCGGCAAUUCAAAGGACAUAGAAGUCACCGAAGAACCUCAACCGUCUUCGAGUACGAAAACAGGAGGACGACCGUCUUCCACUUUUGAAGAUGGCAGUGAUCGAAGUAAACGCAGAAAGUCACAGGAGAUUCGAGAGAAAUACAGUACAGAUGAACUAGCCUACGCUACACAAAUGAGUUUACGAGCCUCUGGAAAAUGGGAUACAGCAAGGUUAGUCCAAGACGUUUGCGAAGGAAGUCCAACAAAAGCAACAAGGUAUAGGCAGUCUUUAUUAUUAAGCGAAAAUUCCGAAAAACAAAUGACAAAAGAAGUAGCAUUAUCAAUUGUUAUUGAAAAUCAGUUAUCCAAAAACAUGUACAAUGGUAUUAGAUCUAACAGUAUUCGACAUCUCUGUAAAUUGUAUCCUUCCUAUAAAAAUGUUUUACAAGCAAAAAAAGAAUGUUACCCUUCCUGUUACGAUUUAUCUGUUACGGAAUGCAAAGCUGAAGUAAAACUUCAAGCAUUGUUAGACCAUACAGUUCAACGGAUUUUGUUAGUACAAAAUGAUGUAAUACAAAGACUUCCACAAAAUGACGUUAAAAAUUUACAUUUAAUUUGUAAAUGGGGAUGCGAUGGUACUUCAGCUCAAAGCCGCUACAAACAAAAAUUCGACGAUGAUAUUGAUGCCAAUAAAACAGAUAGUAACAUAUUUUUUACAUCACUUGUACCGCUUCAACUCUUUUCUGUUGACCAAUCAGGUAAAAGUAAUGUCAUUAUUUGGAAAAAUCCUCGGCCUUCGUCCCCGCGAUAUUGUCGUCCAAUAAGAAUAGAAUUUUUAAAAGAAACACCUGAAUCUACUAAAGCAGUAGUAGAAAAUAUAUCGGAACAAGAGCGUAAUCUUACUCCACUGCAAAUAAUUAUUGAUGCAAAAGAGAUUAAUGUAGAUUAUAAAUUAGCAUUAACAAUGGUCGAUGGUAAGGUUUGUAAUUCAUUGACCAGCACAUCUUCGGCUCAGAAAUGUUAUCUUUGUCAGAGCACGUCAAAAGAAUUUAAUAAUAUAGAUGCAAUGUUAAAAAAAGUUAUUGUCGAGGAUAAUUUGCAGUUUGGUCUUUCAAGUUUGCAUGCGUGGAUUCGAUUAUUCGAGUGCCUUUUGCACAUUGCUUAUAAACUAGAAGUUAAAACUUGGCAAAAGCGAAAAGUUGAUCAAGAAAGCAUUUCAAUCAGAAAAGCCAAUAUUCAAAAAGGUUUUCGUGAACAAUUGGGACUCUUGAUUGAUCAACCUAAACAGGGAUUUGGGAACACGAAUGAUGGAAAUACAGCACGUAGCUUUUUUCAAAAUUCAACAAUUUCGGCAACAAUUACGGGUAUCAAUGAAACACUGAUUAAAAGAUUUCACGUUAUUCUACAAGUAAUAAGUUGUGGUUUUCAAAUCAAUGUUCCUGAAUAUGAAAAAUAUUGUCUAGAAACAGCUCGCCUAUAUGUACAUUUAUAUCCCUGGUAUUAUAUGCCAACUACAUUGCAUAAAAUAUUAAUACACAGCGCACAAAUUGUUGAAACAUCGCUUUUGCCAAUUGGGCAAAUGUCUGAGGAAGCCCAAGAAUCGUGUAAUAAAUUUAUUAAAAAGUAUCGACAAGACUUUGCGCGGAAAACUUCUCGUGCUAAAAAUAUGGAAGACAUAUUUUGUAGACUUUUAGUAUCAUCAGAUCCAUUAAUAUCAAGUUUACGAAAAUUACCGACAAAAAAGCUAAAAACUUUAGAAAGUGAUGCGAUUAAUCUGUUAAAAGCGCCAACACCUGAUGAUACAAAUUUAUAUACUAAUUCACCAUCAAGUUCUGAAGAUGAAUCUGAACACUCUUCAGACGACGAAUAUUAAUGUCGACUAACAAAUGAUUAUAUGAUUUGUAAUAUUUAAUCUGAAAUAAUAAAUGUUAUUUGAUGCUCUAAA